AUGGGAAGAUAUUUUCCCAUGCGAAAUUCCAUUGCCUCCAAGAAGAACAGUACCACAGGGAUCCACUUAGCCACAGAGAUGACUAGCAAGCCUUCAGAUUUCCACAACACAAGCGUUAUUGGCGCAGGAACUGGGAUGCGAUCUCCACAGGAUCUUUCUACCCCACAAUCUAUUAAAGAAGUCCCUCUUGGGGAAAUUCAUGAUGUCCAACAGCAGGUCUGGAUUCUUAAGGGACAGACACUCAGAGCAGCUCCUCAUGAGAAAGGUGUUGACCCAGUGACUCUGAAGGUACUACCAUGUAGAGAUGACUCCCUUCCUAAAGACAAGGGAGAUCCUAUAUACCUGGGCAUAAAGGGAACGGAUUUCUGUCUAUGUUGCGAAAUGAGUGGAGAACAACCCCAGCUACAGUUGGUGACAAAAGACAUAAUGCAGCUGUAUAACAACCAUGAAGCAGUGAAGGCUUUUGUCUUUUACCUGAAUCGGACUGGCAACAUCUCUACGUUUGAGUCAGCUGCCUACCCUGACUGGUUCAUCUGUACAUCAUUAGACAAAGACCAACCUGUUAUGCUGACCCACAACAUGGAAAGUCAAUAUAAUACAGCCUUCUAUUUAGAUAUAACUGAAUCCAAAGAUGAAUUCUAA